AUGGGACGCAACACUCCACCGUCUGAAAUAUUAUUGGAAGGUAACGUCUAUACCGAGACUAGUGCCAAAAGUAGAGCGAAACCACGAUUGCCAGCAGGGCUUGCAGAUUUGAGAAACGAGCCAGGCGGAAUUGGAGCAGCAAUUUCCAGGCCGAAAUUACUUUCCCAGAGCUCAUUCGACCCAUCUCAAGAGCUACCGACUGUUUCCUUUGAAGUGAAGACAACAUCCCCUCAAAGACCACUUCGCCAAAGCUAUGUGGCUCCAACGCUAGAUCCUACGAAUUUUCAGGAGCUCACGCCUUCAAUUCAGAAACCAUUACAGAGUUGGAUCUCAGAGAAAGCAGAGCUUGUUAGUCCUUCCAUAAACUCCCUAGAUAUGACUGUGUCUUAUCACACAUCAUACUCCGACUCUAUACCAGAUUUCCCCGUCCCACGCGCGACUGGCCUCGACUUACCCGAGGAUUUUUCUCGUUCUAGAAAAUUUCCUGUUAGCUCGUAUAUCUCAGGUGAUGCUAUACCUAUUGGAUGGAAUUCAACAGAUUAUGCCUCUGAAUCCAACGACAAAGACGAGAGUACAGAAGGAGACAAUAAUGAUUCUUACUGGAAAGCGACUCACAAUACUCAGUCUUAUGAAAGGGAUAACUCUCUACAGUCAUCUGAGACCGACGACGACCGUAUUAACGACUUAUCAAAUAAUACAUCUCAAAUAGAAGAAAAAACUUCGACACUAACCCAUAAAACAUCACGUGCUAUCUGCUCAUUUUAUGAUUAUCCCCAGUCACGCUUAACCUUGGAGACUGGAUACGACCCAUCAGGACAAGAUAACGAGAUAAAUCGGAUGUCUAUUCAGGCUGCAAAUUUGAGAAAAAGCGAGUUGUUUAGCCGAGUUUCUGCGAUGCACCGACCAGCACGACUUGAUAUGAAUGCUAUCAGUGCAGCGGAAGCACGAGGUAGCCUCACUAGUCUGACAGACCUUAUUCUUCGCGCAAAAAAGCUGGAAAGUUUGAUUGACCAAGGAAAGCGACCAGGUAGCAAUAUUGACUUUGAUAGCUUUAACAGCACACAAUUUACGACAGAAUCAAUGGAUCAAAUGGAUAUGAGCUCUGCGCACUCCUCCCGUCAAAUAACAAUCACCCCCGAGCCUAUACCUGGCUUAUCAAAAUCAGGCAUAUCGGCUGGAGAUGAAAACUUGAGAGCUAAUAGUGUAUCAAAUAACAAUAAAAAUGUAGCGCCGAGCCGUCUUUACUGUGGGUUUUCCCGUGGAAUUUUUAUUGCCCUCAUUUUGCUUGCCACGCUAAUCGUGGCUAUAACUUUGGCUUUGGUUUUCUUUUUUGUGCGGAGCAAGCAACACCCUACAGCUAAAACUCUCAUCACUCUGGAUAAUUGCGCCACCUCCGAAAAGUCACAGUGUCAAAAUAGCGGUAUUCCUUAUCUUCUUGGAGAUGGUAGCUGUGCAUGUAUAUGCUCCAACGGUUUCACUGGGGUUACCUGCAAUAAAGCCGAGGCGAUAGACUGCAGCACUACCAUGAUCGUUGGUAAAAAUUCCACACUAGGCAGCUCCAUUGAACGUCUGAUAAUCGAUGCACGGCCCGAAUUCAAUAUCCCCCUGAAUGCGAGCUCAGUUCUUGCUAAUUUCAAUGCCGCAGAUUUGAGUUGUACUAACGAGAAUUCUUUGGUGACAUUUAAUGGGAAAAGCACGCGGGUAGAUCAAGUAGUAGAUUCUAGAAUCGGUGCCGGAAAUGCACAGCUUUUGAAAAGAAACGAGACUUCCGAUACCCCCCCUAUGGCGCUCGGUAUCCCAUCUAGCUAUGCAACUAUAACAACUAUGUCUGACUCUACUACAACUAUUACAAUUACCAUUUUAACUACAGUCACUCCCAGUCCGCUGAAUAAUGAAUCUAAGACAACUCAGUCGGUAACCUCUACAACAAGCACUUUGGUGUCUACAGAAUCUCCAUCUUCAUCUUUCUCCUCAUCUUCUUCUACCACUACCUCUGUUUCAUUUUCUCCUACUUUUCCAUCAAUUUCAUCUUCAACUACAAUUCCUUUGCCAUCAUCAUCACCACCACCCACUAAAUCGGCUGCCCUUUCAGGCUUUAUCGGAAGUGAAACAACCCUCGACUUUGCCCGGAUUGCCACCCUCUAUAUCUUGCAGCAAGCAGGCAAAAAUCAGGCCUUCAAUGCUCAGAGGACGAUUCAAAAGGUUCUCGACAGUCAGAUGACCAAUAUGGCUCAAAAUUUUAGUUUGAGCGGAACUGACUCUCAUAUCACUAUCGACCUCUUGAAGGGGUCAGUAGACCUAGGUGAUGGAAAGGGAGUGAUUGGUAACCAACUAAGUGGGGCGCAGAAGGAAACAAAGCGAGCUAUAGUCCGAAAAAGGCGUAGGAUUAGUGGGCAAGAACUCCUCAGGCUGACUUAUUGA